AUGACGCAGGUCCUCCCCCUCCAGCUGGAGGCCUACAUCGACUUCAUGCCGGACCGGGACGCGAGCAACGUAGCGGACCCCGACUUGGGAUCGGCCGCCCUGGAGGACGACGCCACAGGCGGUGGUGGUGGAGCAGGCGGCUCCGCAGGAGGAGGAGGCGUGGAGGACUGGUCAAAUGACGACGAGGAGGAGGAGGAGGUGUCGCGUCGUCCGCCGCCUGCCGACAGGAUGGGCCCGAGCUCCUCGGCCGCGCCGACCGCACCAGGCGGCGGGUCAAAACGCCGAGGUGUGCUGCUAUUUAGCAGCCAUCCCAAGAAGCCCAAGCACUCGGCCGCCGCAGCCAAGAACAUGGCCGUCGCGACCAAGCGACGCAAGGCCGCCGCGAAGGCGGCCAAAUUCCAGAAGGCCCCCAAGCAGCCUCCGAUGGGCGACGGAGGGCUCCACCAACAAUGCCGCAUAGACCCGGCCGCCGAUCUCCGGGAGGCGCAGGAGAGGAACGCGCGGGAGGUGCGGAAGGUGAAGGAAGCCGCCGCCAAGAAGGCGGAGGCCGACAAGGCGGCCGCAGCCAAGGCGGCGCAAGAGGACGCGGACUCCGCGGCCAAGAAAAGGGCGGAGGACGCCGCACGCCAGCAGAUCCCGCAGCUCAUCACUCCCCUAUGCUCUGCGCCACCAGCGCCAGAGUUCUCAGCACCGGCUGGGGGAGCCGGCGACAAGAAGUCAAUCGGGGAGAGGGAAGGUGGCGACGUUGUAUUGCCGGAGUUGGAGGUGCCUCCGCGACCGCCGACUGCGGAUGCGCAGAGUAGCCAGCCGGCAGCCCCAUUGGUGACGCCAGUCGGAGGCGAGCUGGUGAUGGGCUCGGGUCCCACAAGCCGCACUCCCGUGCGCCGCCGUGUGGAGAAGGCGGCAUCAGCACCGAGGCCAAUGGAGGUCAGGAGCGCCAGUUCGUCGGCCCCAGAAGCCGACUCCACCAGCGUCGCACCGACGGAGUGGGUGCAUGGGGGCGGGACCAGCGCCUUGAUCAAGGCGGCGCAAGAUGUCCAGGCUAACUUUAAGGCCAAACCGCUGCCCUCUCGCAGUGCAUGA